AGUCAUGACGUUAAAGUGGAAGUGCGUCUCAAAUUAACGGAUUUUAUAUGUUCUUGCAUCUAAAUAGUUUACUUGUUGGUGCACUUGUAAAUUCAUUUGAUAAGAAUGCGAGUUCAAAGUUACACGAGUGUGGAAUUUGAGACACAUACUAUCCACUUAUUUCUAGGGAACUCAGUUCCUAAAUUAAAUUGUGGGCGGAACGUAGACGGCGGUUUUAAGAACGAGUAAACGGACCUUGUGCUCUGGACACAACAACGCUUCGGUUUUUUAGUUUGUUUUGAAUUAUUUAUUUAGUUUCACGAAAGGCUUUACGGUUAGUUUUGGAAAACUUCACGCGCACGCAUAGACCAGAAACGAAAAGACAGCAGGUCGACACUUCAAGUCAACAUGACUCAGCAGGAGCAGGAAAACUUUAGGCAGUGUUUGGAGAGUGCCCUGUCCUGGAUUCAGGCUGUACAUGAGAGACUGAGGGCCAAUGACAACACUGAGGGGCCCAGAUCAGCUCUACAGGCCCGGCUCAGAGAAACAGAGGUGAUCCGCAUUUCAGAGCAUGAGGGAUGGUUGAAGGUUGACAUGGCACUGAUUGCUGCGGAGGUCCUGCUGCAGACCGGUGAUGAGGCGAUAAAGGGCCAAACACAGGCCAGAGUGAAAGAGCUCAAAGCAUUAUGGGAGGAGACAUCCAUUUACAUCACACACUGUCAUAGCCGAAUCGAAUGGGUGUGGCUGCACUGGGCAGAGUAUCUGAGAGCUCAGGAGGAAUUUGGGAGGUGGCUGUUGAGAAUGCAGCGAGCCCUGGAUCCCCAUCUAGAUCUGCAGUUGGGAGUCCGUGAGAAGGUGUGGCACUUGGAGCAGUACCGCGUCUUGCUGGACGAUGCCCACGCCCAGGGGCCCUUACUGAAGCGGCUGCUGGAAGAAGCUUCUGAUCUGCACGACCGCACUGAGGACCUCAGCGUGGGCCCCAAGGCCCAGGAGAGCCUGUGGGAGGCCUAUACCCAAAUCAGAGAUAAGGCAGAGGAAAGAGUGUCAUUACUGCAGAAGAUUGCAGAGGAGCAUCGUGUGUUUGAUGCUUCCAUACACCAGUUCUGGGCAUGGAUCGACUCAGUUUCUGUUGUACUGACCUGCUCCUGUGACACAGAAGACUUACCUGAAAGCACACUCUGCCCACAGCAAGCAAAGGACACACCUGAAAACCCAGUCAGUACUCUGCAGGAGCUGUGUGAGACUGUGGACAGAGAAGAGGCAACCCUGCAGCACUUGGAGGGGGCAGCGGAGUCUGUGAAAGCCAACACAUCUCCACAGGGGGCAGAUAAGGUUUCCCAGGAGGCGAAAGAGUUGCGAUGGGCCUGGGAGGGCCUGAGACAGCACCUCCGGCUGGAGGAGGAUAGGCAGUGCGCCGCCCAGUGUGCUCAGGUGGAGCAUUCGUCCCUCUGUGAGGGGCUGCGGGCUGAUGCUUCCCGUCUCCUCCUGCUCCUCGAUCAGCUGGACCAGGAAUUAGAGCCUUCCGGCAGAGAAGGGACAGAAGAUGAGACUGAAGUGCUGUGGAGAAAGUACACGGAUGUCCACAGGGCUGUGAAAGCAGAGGAGCCACAUGUGGAGCAGCUGAAAGUCAAGCUCACUGAGCUGUUCCGUGUGUCGAAGGGCCCCAUGCCCCUCUUUGGCCAAGUGCUAGCCGUGAUGAAACAGUACCAGGGGUUGAGAAGUCGUGCAUUCAGGCUCUUGACAGGGAGGGAAACUGCUCUGAGGCAGCUUCUGUUGGACCCACUGCGGGGCUUCAGUAAGUGGUCUCUGCUGGUUACCCAGAUUCUGGAAGCAUCUAAUGAAGUGACUGAGUCCUCCUGCAUAACCAGUCUGGUGCAGAGCAUGGAGAAGUUGCUAAAGGACAGCAAGCAGCUGCAGGAGCAUUUGGAGCAACUGCAGGCCAAGGGGUACCUCCUGGCCAAAAUGUUCGGUCUGCAGAGGGCCAAAAGCCUUGGGGCACAGCUGAGCACCGCAGUGCGGGAGAGGCAAAAGAAGCAUGACCAGCUGCUUCAGAGGAGGAGCCAUCUACAGGAUUUACUUUCAAGAUCCAAGGACUUUGGGGAAAGAUACGAGUCUGUCCUGAAAUGGCUGCGGCUCAGAGAAAAGUGUAUCACCACAGUUGAACUUAAACCUGACAUCCCGACCAAAAGGGCAUUUUCUGGAGAAUUGAUGGUAAUUCUGAAGGAUGUAGAGGAGCAUGAGGCACACCUCAUUGCUUUGCAGGCUCUGGUUCUGCCAAGCCCUGCCAACCAGCACAAACUCAGCCAUCUUUGCACAGAGUGGAAAGAGCUCUGUAAAGCUAUGAAGAAAUGGUGUCGUGAGCCACGGACCCCUUGCCGAGCUCAGACCUCACGUUCUCACGAGCAGUACCUCACCAUGAGGUGUCUCGGGGACGAACUCAAGUACUCCGAACGUUCUGGAGCCCUGGGGAGAGUCCGGGAGAGUGAACAGAACACUGCUGAUCACCAUUACUUUCAAGAGAAGCUGUUUGCUCUGCAGCAAGGGUUGCAGAAGACAAUGCUGAGACUGGAGCCUUUCUGCAGCUUGAAGAGAGAGCUUGGGGCAGACAACUGGCAACCAGAUGCUGAGAGAGUACUGGGGGAACUCCCUGAAAGGGAACUGGAGCUACGCCGCGUGGAGGCUUUGAGUCAGAGAGUGCUCACUAGAACAUCAGAGGAGGGGAAGGGGAAAAUCUUGGAGGACCUGCAGCGUCUGAAUGACUCAUGGACUUCUCUGCACAUGUGCGGUAUGGACCUCCAUAGAUUUUUCAGCCUAAUGAUGGCCUCCUUUACUGGCAUUGACACUUCUUUGGUCCUCAUGUUGAGAGACAACAACAGACUCCAAAUGCAGAUUGCACUCCUAGAAUCAACUCUAGACUUUUUGGCAGCCCUUUUAUGCAUGAACUAACGAUGACACUUAACACACCUGUUCAAGAAACAUUUGAGCUGCCAAAUUGUCCAAUUUUCUUUCUUGAUUCCCUAAAAUAUGUAUAAAAUGGGGGACUGUGUAAAAAGGGCUGUAAUUCCUACAUGGUUCAACCAUUAAAUUAAAGAUGAAAGUUUGUAAUUAAACCACAUAAUGAUUAUUGUCUUUCAACUGUUUGUUUGCUGGAGUACAGAGUGAAAAACAACAAUACUGCAGUGUACUGUACUACCAUUUCCUAUUAUUAUAUAUAUAUAACUAUUGGAAUAUAGCCAUAGUUUUACAGGCAAUACAAAACCUACAGUUAUUCCCAAACUUUUUCAGCUCAUGGCAUAAAUAAUAAAUAGUAGCUAUAUGAAGAGCCAUCUAUUAUUUUUUUUGGUUUCUAUCAAAUAGUUAACAUUUUAAAUCCAUUGUUUUAUUAUUGUUAAACAUUGUUAUUUGUUUAAAUUUGUGCCGUGUCGUCAAAAGAAUAAUAAUAAAAAAAGUGUUUCACCA